AUGGCAGACCGAAGGGCAGAAUUAGAACGCAAAAAGGCCAAACUUCAAGCCCUACGCGAAGAAAAGGAUCGUCGUCGUAGAGAAAAGGAACUUAAAGAAGUUGAGGAGGCCGCCAGCCGUACUCUAUUGGGUGGAGGCGGUGAUAGGAAGGAGCUGGACGAAUUAAUGCGAGAAGUUGGAGUUGCACCUAUUUCUGAAGUGUAUUCUAGUAUUUCUAGUGCUAAUUCGCUUACUCCAGAACCAAGUAGGAAUCACACACCUGACACUUCAUUGCAGCCUAAUAGUCUACCCAAUAAUGUAACAGCCAUAAAAAGAAAAAUUCCCCAGUUAACUGUAGUUCCUGUACAGUCUACAAACAUUCCUCCCAAAGAAAUAGUUCUUUAUACUAAGCAGACUCAAACUACUACUUCUGGGCAUCAUGAUGUUAGAGAUGCUCAUGCAACCGAUUACUACGUUUUGACGUAUGACGAUGGGCAAGAAGGCGAAGACGAGGAGAGCAGCUUACCACCCCAUCUUGGAGGAUAUGGAGGCAGCAAGCUGCCGCCCGGCAUUCUACCGCACGGUCUACCCCAAGUCAAGGAAGUCCAACCGGCUAUAACGGCGUUGGAGCAGGAACAGAAAAAGGAGGACGUCAAAGAAAUUCGGGAACUUAGCGAAGAAGAGAAACAAAUGAUCAUCCUUUCGGAGGACUUUCAACAUUUCAUUGACAGGGCGGGGAGAAUUAUGGAAAGGGCCUUAUGUGAAAGUGUAGAUAUAUACAUGGAUUAUACCGGCAGCUUGGGAGAGGAUGGGCUAGACGAAAAAUCCCAUCAACGCAUCUCAUUCCAACGAAAUUUCUUCGACGAACGAUGGUCCCGCAACCGUACCGUCACCUCUUUAGACUGGUCACCGCAAUUUCCUGAGUUGCUUUUGGCUGCCUACAACAAUAACGAAGAAUCUCCGAACGAUCCCGACGGCGUGGUGCUGAUUUGGAAUACGAAGUUCAAGAAAGCGACGCCAGAGUACGUGUUUCAUUGUCAAAGCGCCGUAUUGUCGGCUACGUUCGCAAGAUUCCAUCCGAAUUUGAUUCUGGGCGGUACUUAUUCCGGACAGAUAGUACUGUGGGAUAAUAGAGUGCAGAAAAGGACUCCCAUUCAACGAACGCCGUUGUCUGCGUCUGCGCAUACGCAUCCAGUGUACUGCAUGAGCGUAGUGGGUACUCAAAAUGCGCACAACUUGAUCAGCAUCUCAACCGACGGCCGACUGUGCUCUUGGUCGCUCGAUAUGCUCGGCCAGCCUCAAGAGAUAUUGGAACUGCAUCGGAUGCAAUCGAAACCCGUCGCCGUCACGUGUCUGGAUUUCCCGCAUUCGGACGUAAACAAUUUCGUUGUGGGUAGCGAAGAAGGUUCAGCUUAUUCGGCUUGCCGACACGGAGCCAAAGCUGGGAUCACGGAUACCUAUGACGGCCAUCAGGGACCCGUUACCGGAAUUAGCGUAAACGGAGUACAAGGGGGGAUUGAUUUUUCGCAUAUGUUCCUCACUUCCUCCAUCGAUUGGACUAUUAAAUUGUGGAGCUUAAAGGAUUCGAAACCGAUUUACUCAUUCGAAGAUAAUGGCGACUACGUCCUGGAUGUCAAAUGGUCUCCCACUCAUCCAGCUCUAUUCGCAGCCGUGGACGGAAGCGGUAGAUUAGAUUUGUGGAAUUUAAAUCAGGAUACCGAAGUACCGGCAGCUAGUAUUAACGUCGAAGGUAAUCCCGCUUUGAACAAAGUAUCUUGGACGCCGAAUGGACUGCAAGUAACUGUCGGCGAUAACCAGGGAAAGAUUUGGGUGUACGAUGUCGCAGAGAGUUUCGCACAUCCGAGACACGAUGAAUGGAACAAAUUUCUAUAUACAACACAAGAACUUCGUAACAAUCAAGUCGAUGAUGAAUUAGAAAAAUUAAAUAUUUCAAUGCCCAACACAUCCCUUAGCACCAUGGGCUCUCUAUCUAUGACGCCCUUACGAUAG